AUGAAUCAAAUAAUGAUGAUUGUUUUGGCUCUUUUGGUUCUCUUCAGCUCAGUGCAAUCAGCACCAUCAUCAGGAGCAGGAUCUUCUGUUGAUACUGAUUCGCCAGACAACUUCCAAGUGCCAUUCUUUGGAAUGGAGAAGAAAUGGUCAAGAGGUGUCCCAAGUAUCAGGUAAAUUAAUCGUUUUUUUUUUGAAUAGCACUCUUAAAAAAAACACGUUUCAGAUUUGUCAAACGCGGACAAUUCAUCCCAACCAACUUUGAAUGGGACAAAUAA